GCCCCACAUGGGAUUGUGGACAUUCUGAGUGACUGUUCUGCCUGCCAACUCUCUUUGCUGUUCUGGUUCACACUAGUUCAGUUCUUCCUCCAAGUACUAAAGAAGUUUCUAUAGUUUCCGAGAAAACAGCAGGGCUCAAAGGUCUGUGGAGUCAUUUCCUGGAUCAGAGUCUGUCUUCUUCUUUUCUACCUUGCAUUUGUCUUUGGCAACCAAACUCUGCGUUUUGGAGCAAGUUGCAUGGCUAGAAAUAGCUGUCAGGUCAUCUUGGCACCAGUGAGGCUUCAGUUUUGUCCACCCCCCGCCCCAGCAGCCUGCAGGAGGAGCUGGCACCACACCUGCCCCAGACUUUGGAGACUGUCCCAGCAGAGGAGCCAGCGGGUCCCACCCUGCCGCAGGGAGCUCCUACAAAAAACGAAUCUGAGCCUCUCAGGUUCCCAGCAACGUCAUGACAGAACUAGGCCGCAGGGACUCCACGCUGAUGGCGCUGGACGAGGAGACACUGUGGGAGAUGAUGGAGGGCCACCGCUGCAAGAUUGUGCGCAGCGUGUGCCCCAGCCGUCUCACGCCCUACCUGCGCCAGGCAAGGGUGCUGGGCCAGCUGGACGAGGAGGAGGUGCUGCACAGUGCCCAGCUCACCAACAGCGCCAUGAGAGUCGGGCACUUGCUGGAUCUGCUGAAGACCCGAGGGAAGAACGGGGCCAUUGCCUUCCUGGAGAGCCUGAAGUUCCACAACCCCGACGUCUACACCCUCAUCACCGGGCUCCAGCCUGGCGUGGACUCCAGCACCUUCAGUGGCCUCAUGGAGACAUCCAAGCUGACUGAGUGCCUGGCUGGGGCCAUCGGCAGCCUGCAGGAGGAGCUGAGCCAGGAGAAGGGGCAGAAGGAGGCGCUGCUUCAGCGGUGCCAGCUGUUGCAGGAGCGUCUGGACCAGGCGGAGGCCCGUGCCCAGGGCCUGCCCCAGCUGGAGGCUGACCACAGUCGCAUGAAGCGGGAGGUCAGCGCGCACUUCCACGAGGUGCUGCGGCUGAAGGAUGAGAUGCUCACGCUCUCAUUGCACUACAGCAACGCACUGCAGGAGAAGGAGCUGGCCACCACGCGCUGCCGCAGCCUGCAGGAGGAGCUGUAUCUGAUGAAGCAGGAGUUGCAGCGAGCAGACAUGGUUUCUUCCUGUGAGCUGGAAUUUGAAGAGAGGUCUCUGAAGAUGGCGAGUGACCUGGUGCCUGGGGACGAGGAGCUAAGCCGGCUGAAGGAGGAAAAUGAGAAGCUCCGCUCGCUGACCUUCAGCCUGGCGGAGAAGGACAUCCUGGAGCAGCACCUGGACGAGGCCCUGGAGAGCAGGCAGGAGCUGGUGGACCGCAUCCACUCCCUGCGGGUGCGGGCUGUGGCCGCGGAGAGGCAGCGCAAGCAGUACUGGGAAGAGAAGGAGCAGACCAUGCUGCAGUUCCAGAAGACCCAGAUGGACUGCCAGCUCUAUAAGGACAAGACAAGUGCUCUGCAGAGCCAGGUGUCCGAGCUGCAAAAGGAGCGAGACCAGGCCUAUUCUGCCAGGGACAGUGCCCAGAGGGAGAUUUCCCAGAGCCUGAGCGAGAAAGACGCCCUGCGCAGGAAGGUGUUUGAGCUGACGGACCAGGUCUAUGAGCUGCGCACACAGCUCCGCCAGCUGCAGGCGCAGCAGCCUCCAGACGGGCCCAAGCAGGAAGCUGGGGCCAGGGAGCCCUGUCCGAGGGGGAAGCAGCGGCUGGUGCGCAUGCGAGCCAUCUGCCCACGGGAUGACAGUGACAGCAGCCUCCUCAGCUCCACAGAGGACACCGGGCAUGUGGGACAUAGCGCCAUCUUAACCCACUCCGACUUCAUCUUAGCUCGUGAUGUCUGCAAAUCUCCUAUUUCCAAACAAGGCCGUGUUCACAGGUUUCAGCUCUGGUCGGACCUGAGUGCUACAUCCAGCCGCGAGCUGGUGGACAGCUUCCGCUCCAGUAGCCCGGUGCCCCCCAGCCAGCAGUCCCUAUACAAGCGGGUGGCUGAAGACUUCCGGGAAGACCUCUGGUCUUUAAGCAGCUGCCCAGAAAUCCUGGAGGUGGACCGGGGAGCCCCACCAGGAGCUAAGGUGGGCGAUGCAGACCUGGAUUAUGAGAUCCUGGACAGAGCCGACUUUCCCCAGUUGGAAAGCAGCCUGCAGUCAUUCUCCUCUGGAAGCCUAGAUGUCUCCACAAGCAGCAGCAGCAGCAUCCCAGUGCGGCGGAGGCCAGCCCGCAGGAUCCUGAGCCAGGUCACGGUGCUGGCCUUCCAGGGCAAUGCGCUGCUGGAGCAGAUAAGUGUCAUUGGUGGGAACCACACCGGCAUCUUCAUCCACCGGGUCACCCCAGGGUCUGUGGCGGACGAAAUGGCCUUGCGCCCAGGCACCCAGAUCGUUAUGGUUGAUUACGAGGCCAAGGAGCCCCUGUUCAAGGCCGUCCUGGAGGACACCACCCUGGAGCAGGCCAUGGGAAUUUUGCAGAGGGUGAACGGCUUCUGCUGCCUGUCUGUGAAGCUCAAUGUGGAAGGUUACAAGAAGCUGGUCCAGGACCUGGAAGCCAAAGUGGUUACCUCAGGGGACUCAUUCUACGUCCGGGUGAACCUGGCCCUGGAGAGGAGGGCAGAGGGGGAGCUGCAGGCGCAGUGCAACGAAGUCCUGCAUGUCACUGACACCAUGUUCCAGGGCCGCAGCUGCUGGCACGCCCACCGCGUGAGCCCCUACAGCCUGAGGGACACCGCAGUGCACGGCACCAUCCCCAACUACUCAGGAGCCCAGCAGCGGCUCAUCGCCCUCAUCCAGGACAUGACCCAGCAGUGCUCUGUUGCCCGCAAGCAGUCUUCCGGGGGACCACAGAAGCUGGUCCGCAUCGUCAGCAUGGACAAAGCCAAGGCCAGCCCUCUGUGCUCAUCCUUUGAUGGAGGCCAGUCAGACCCCAGCAGGGUGGACGACAUUGCCACGUGCUUCUGGGCCGAGAGCUGCUUCACCCUGGUGCCCUACAGCCUCGUGCACCCCCACAGGCCCUCGCAGCCACGGCCCGUUCUCUUCGUGCCCAGGGUGCUUGGGAAGAUCCUGAGUGAGAAGCUGUGCCUCCUCCAAGGGUUUAAGAAGUGCCCGGCAGAGUAUUUGAGCCAGGAGGAAUAUGAUGCCUGGAGCCAGAGAGGGGACAUCGUCCAGGAGGGGGAGGUAUCCAGUGGCCGCUGCUGGGUGACCCGCCGAGCCAUAGAGUCCCUCCUGGCAAAGAACACCCACGGCCUUCUGGACGUCCGGCUGGACAGUGUCUGUGCCCUGCAGAGGAUGGAGAUUUUCCCCAUCGUUGUCCAUGUCUCUGUCAAUGAGAAGGCAGCAAAGAAACUGAAGAAGGGCCUGCAGCGGCUUGGCGUCACGGAAGAGCAGCUCCUGGAGGCAGCUAGACAGGAGGAGGCUGAGCUAGACAGAGUGCCCUGUCUGUAUAUCAGCCUGGCCCCUGACGGCUGGAGUGACCUGGACAGCCUGCUUGGCUGUGUCCGCCUGGCCAUCGCAGAUGAGCAGAAGAAGGUGGUGUGGACGGAGCAGAUACCCCGCUGACACUCAGUGUCCCCUCCCGGGCCUGUGGGGUCCUUUGCAUGGCUGUUAACGUGGUCCUGUUCUCUGAGCUCAGGGCCUGGUGGGCACAGCUGUGGGGUGCUCAGCACACAAGGCCAGCUCUUGCCUCUCUGGACAGGGUCUAGCCUCAAACGCUCACCACCUGCAGGCUAUAAAUGGUGAAGUCGUUCCUGGUGUGCUCACCUUUCGGCAGAAACUAUCUCCCCCAUUUCCCCAAGACUUGGCAUAGUCUGAACCCAGAACUCUGAGAUUCCUACAGGGAGUGGGGUUUUCCCACACUUCCCAGAAUGGGAAGCCCCAGACCUUUCCAGAAAACCCCCUGUCUGCAGAUUACCCAGUCUGAACACGGGGAGGCUGAGCCUUGACCUUGCAUUUCACCAUGUAAAGGCAUCACCCCACACCUACCAAAGCAGCAGGUUGGAGCCCUGUUGCCUGCCAAGGCUGCUGCUGCCCUGCCCAGAGCAGAGCCUGAGGACCCUAUGUGUCAGCCCCCCUGCCUGGCUUUUUUUAGCUUCCGAAGGCUGAAGGAAGCCUCAGUGACUCUAGUUUACAGAGACCAGCAUGUUUACCUAUUAUUAAGCUUCUGGGUGAUGGAAACAGUAUUUUCAGUGGGUCAGUGCCAGGCGGGGUCGUGGGUGUGAAGGCCUAGGACUCUUCCUGAGCCUGGGAGCUGCCUCCCUGCAACCUGGCAUCAUGCCCAGUCUCUUCCCAGGCCAAGCAUCUUCCCUCCAUCUCCAGGGCUUGGGAGCCCUGCAGGCACAGCUUGGAUGGGCACCCCUAGGUCCCCCUGCAUCCUGGCCUUGCCUCCUACCCCUGGGACUGUCCCAGACUGAAUGUCAUUUUGACAACAGGGUCCUGGAAUCAGGGCAUUGUUCUAGAAUUCAGGUUGGUAUUACCAUAAAGGAUUCAGAAAAUGAACUUCUACAUAUUUUACUAAAAUAAAAACCUUUUGUAAUA